AGCAAAUAGGGGUAUGCUCCCCUAUAAUCAUACAAGUGGAUCGCGAUCAUUUCCUAUAGCAAUGUCGCUUAUGGCAAAUGAGGAUGGAGAUGUAGAUUUUCCCGAAUUUUAUAAGAAGGCACACAAGUCCAAGAAGACGGGAGAUUGGAUUGACCCCAAAUGUGGUGAGCUACAUGAUGAUAUGGUGAAUCUACAACUAACAGCCACCGAUGCGGGGUUGCCAUUGACCCACGAAGAAAUAUCAAGGCAAGUGCUUGGGGAAAAAAAAAAUUACUUGCGUGGAUGUGGGAUAGGCCCAAAACCCUCUUCCACAGCCUCUAGUGCGGCACGAGCACGUGAUAAACAUAUGGAGUCAAUGAGAGUGGAACUGGAGGUUCUUCGUGAGCAGCGUCAAAGUGAUCACGAGGAGUUGCUGAAGGAGAAAGAGGAGCGGCAAAGAGAUCGAGAGGAGCUAUUGAAGGAGAAAGAGGAGCGGCAAAGAGAUCGGGAGGAAAUUACGAAGGAAAGAGAGCAGCUAAUCAAACAAGUCGAUGAAGAAAAAAAAGCACGGGAGGCACAAGGUGUACAACUCAAUCAUCUGAACGACGUGGUGUCACGACUCACAACCCUCUUGCAAGGUUCAGAUGGUCAUCCUAUUAUUCGGUUUUGAGGCAUAAUCAACGCGACAUUGCAGCAGCCAACCUGGUGUUUUGAUACAUUACACAAAGGACCGUGACGUAAUUUCCAUAAGAU